AUGGCGAAACCUAUUAAAUUCUUUAAACUGUAUAAAAAAUCAUUUGGUGCGUUUUCAAGUGCUUAUUUAAUAGCUAUUGUAUUCGUAUUUAUCUGGUCUUAUUGGGCAGAUUCAUGGUUUAUUGAUACUUCUUUUACACCAAAUAAUUUUUAUGAGAAUUUGUUAUCUGGCAAUAUUCGUUUGAUUAUUACAAAAGUGACUAAUUUUCCUUUAGAUACAAGACAACACUAUAGUAGUGAUGGGACUAAUAAUUGUACUAGUUAUUUGUUAUGGGAUUUAUUAAAUAUAAUAGUUUUGUUGCCAGGGUUAUCACAAUUUGAGAAGAUAUAUGGUACUAUUCAUACUUUUUGUUUCUUAGGAUUGAUUUCACCAAUUAUUGGUGUUACAUAUUUUGUUAUUGGACUAAUUUUCUGUCCGGAUAAACCUAUUUAUGGUAUUUAUCUUUGGAAUUGUGUUAUUUGGGGAUAUUUCAUUGCACAAGAGAGCAAGCAUGGUGCCACUUUAAAUUUAUUUGUCAACAGAAAGUGGAGAAUCCCAAUUACCUGGAUCCCACUGUUCAUUUGUUUAAUAUCCUCAUUGUUAUUUAAUGAUAUCAGUGUUGUACCAGCCGUUAUUAGUUUGAUGAUGGGAUAUUUGUUAUUAUUGAUCAAGACACCAAUAUUGGAUCUUUUGCUUCCACCUUCUUUUAUAUUAAGAUUCAUAGAAAACAAAAUUUUUGGAAAUGACAUUAGUGGUAGCAGUAUCUUAUUUUAUCAUCAUAUUAAAUAUUAUCCUGAGGUUUCCGUUAAGAAGGGCAAGAAAUACAAAUCAUUAUUUAGUGAGUAUCCGGGCUUGCCUAAAUCAAAAUCGAAAUUAAAAUCGAAAUUGAAGUCAAAGAAUGGCAAAAAGGGAAAACUUAAAUCCUCUAAGAAAUAA